UCCUCGGUGGACUAAAGCCACUUUAACUUCACCUACAGUACAGUAUAUAUCCAUAAUGGUGCAUUAUACUCCUGAAGCUUUUAUCACACUUUUGACCAAAACCGCAAACGCGUUUGUGGCCUUGGUCACAUUCCUCAUCCUGAAGUUCGUACUUGAGCUAGAUUUUCAUUGUUCCUGUUCACGAGGAUUCCACAUGUAUGACAUUGUCUACAUAGUUUUACCACCACUUAUAAUUCUCUUUUUGGGAUACGUUGUCGAUUGGAACCAAAACGGCAAAAUCUGCCAUGGAAGGUGUUCCUUCAUUAAGCUAAUGAAGCUUAUGCUGCAUAUUGUGUUAGCAUCGACAUUUUGGCUGUCAGCUGUAUUUCUAGAUGGCGACUGGUUUGCAUGUUACAUGGCAAAACAUGGCAAUAUGACAAUGGAUCUUCCGUGCAAAGAAAAUGAGAUGCUUUCAUAUGAAGACACUCAAUCGCAAAAGGACGCUAAAAAAUCUUCUAUGGCAAUUGGCUUAUUUAUAAUGGUGGGUUUUGUUUUGGUGUGGGCACUAUACACUUGCAUGAUCAGAUGUAGGUGUUCAAAACCAAACUGCAAAAGCCUGUACCAGUUUCAUCUCUCACAAGAAACGGAAGCCUAUCUCACCGAGGAGCUUAAGAAACUAGCCCAAAAGAAAGCCCGGCGCAUUACCAGAAAAGCCCUUGAAGAAAUCCACCAACAAGAGAUACAUCAGAUACAUGUAGGAGAUGAUCCUUGGCAUACAAUCUCUGACAUACUUUUGGACCAGUCACUUCAUAACGAACAACCACAGACAACAGGCUCACCAUCACAACCAGCCGACUCACCAUCAGAAUCAGUUGACUCACCAUCACAACCAGCCAAUUCACCAUCACAACCAGCCAACUCACCACCAUCAGAACCAGCCAUCAGAACCAGUCAUCAUCCAGAAUCAGCCGACUCACCAUCAGGACCAGCAGACUCACCAUCAGAUCCAGCCAACUCACCACCAUCAGGACCAGCCAUCAGAACCAGUCAUCAUCCAGAAUCAGCCGACUCACCAUCAGAAUCAGCCGACUCACCAUCAGGACCAGCCAACUCACCAUCAGGACCAGCCAUCAGAACCAGUCAUCAUCCAGAAUCAACUGACUCACCAUCAGGACCAGCAGAAUCACCAUCAGGACCAGCAGAGUCAGAGCAAGAACAAUCAGAACAACAAAAUCUAAAUGCAUCAAUCCAAACUAGUCAAAGUACAUCAAACCCAACGAGACCGAGUACAUCAAAAACACAAUGUAUAUCACCAUUAACUUCACAAAUGAAAACUAAAACCUGGCCUAGCAUAUCAAAUCCAACUGUGCAUAGUAUGCCAAAGCAAGCAGCUACAUUAAAGAGAGAAAUUACAAAGCCAGCUCCACCAGCAGUACCACCAAAGCCACAUUCAUCAGCAAUACCACCAAAAAUAAAUUUAGGAAAACAGGCACUCACAAAAUCACAAUCAGCUGCACUGAAACCAAAAGUGCCAAACUCUGAUGCAGAAGAAGAUAUUAAAGAACCAUUCAUUUCAAACCAAAAUGUGAAACGCCAGAAGACAACAAAAAGUCCACUGUAGAUGAAAUGGCUUAAAGGGACUUCGUUUAGCUUGUUGUAGCAGAUUACCAUCACUAGGUGUACUCAUUCUGAUUGUGUGUUUGUCUUCUACCUGUUUACUUAUGUACUCAUUUGUUGUUUGUCAGCUGUAUGUAGCUUUCACUUUAAAGUUUUUAUAAUAUUUCCUUUUCACUCUGAAGUACUAUACCUUGACAGUUAGUAGAAGUAGUGGUAUAGUAACAGUAUUAGAAACAGCAGCAGUAGUAGUAAAAGUAGUAAUAGUAGUAGUAGUAGUAGUAAUAGUAGUAGUUCUUUGUUUGAAAUAAUCAGAACUUUCGUUGGUCUGCAUUGAGGUGGCAUGUUUGGAAACGCUCUAGGAAAUCCAAGGUAUUUGAUGUGACAAUUACAUAUUUGUAAGUUGUAAGUUGAUGUUUAGUUGGUAUCAUGGCUUUGCACAGUGCUGACAUCAGAUGGGUACUUUGUAUGUUGGGUAUGUGGAAACGUGUUUGUACUGGAAAAUGUAAAUACAUUAUAGUGCUAGAACAAUGUCAGACACAUUAUGAAUAAAUGAUUUUAUAUGCUAUACAAUCAUUUGUGUAUAACAUGUAACAAGA